AUGAAAUCCCUUCUUCAUUUGACUCGCCGCAGGGCGUUGCAUAGCUUUGCCGCCCCGCGUGCCUUGCCAAUCCAGUCCUCUGCCAGACUAUGCCAGCGGAACUUCAGUGCCUCUGCGGCCGCUGCGUCGCAAUUAGCUGGCCUCGACCCUGCCAAACUCGCCGUCACGAAAACGACCACGCCGAAAGAAUUGACGGCGGCCAAAGACCUUGUAUUCGGAAAGACUUUCACCGAUCAUAUGCUCUCCAUUGAGUGGUCCGCGGACAAAGGCUGGCACACUCCCCAGAUUGUACCUUACCAGAACCUAAGCUUGGACCCCUCGGCAUGCGUGUUUCACUACGCCUUCGAGUGCUUCGAGGGCAUGAAGGCAUACAAGGACAGCAAAGGUCAAAUUCGCCUGUUUCGCCCGGAUAAGAACAUGGAGCGGUUUAACAAGUCUUCGUCGCGCAUUGCUUUACCCACCGUCGACGGCGAAGCUUUGACCAAGUUGAUCGGAGAGUUUGUGAAUCUGGACAGUCGAUUCAUUCCCGACGCUCGGGGAUACUCGCUCUACCUCCGGCCCACCAUGAUUGGUACGCAGAAAACCCUUGGCGUCGGACCCCCCGGGUCUGCUCUUUUGUUUGUGAUCGCAAGUCCAGUUGGUCCUUACUACCCCACCGGAUUCAAGGCGAUCUCCUUGGAGGCCACCGACUAUGCCGUCCGAGCCUGGCCCGGCGGCGUUGGUGACAAGAAAUUGGGUGCCAACUACGCCCCCUGCGUUCUGCCUCAGCUGAAUGCCGCCUCGAGGGGCUUCCAGCAAAACUUGUGGCUCUUCGGGGAGGAAGAAUACGUGACGGAGGUCGGUACCAUGAACCUCUUCGUUGCGUUGAAAAACAAGGAGACGGGACAGAAAGAGCUGGUUACUGCACCUUUGGAUGGAACGAUUCUCGAGGGUGUCACCCGAGACUCCGUUCUCGAGCUCGCCCGUGAGCGACUCGUGCCGAAGGGCUGGACCGUGUCUGAGCGCAAGAUCAGAAUGUCGGAGGUUGCCGAAGCGGCUGACGAGGGACGACUUGUCGAAGUGUUUGGCUCUGGUACUGCGGCUAUCGUGAGUCCCGUGCGGUCUAUCAGCUACCGGGGUAAGUCGGUGGACUGCGGGUUGAAGGAAAACGAAGAAGCUGGUGAGAUCGCUCUCCAGAUGAAGAACUGGAUCGAGGGAAUCCAGUACGGUGAUGAGGACCAUCACUGGAGUUAUGUUCUGUGA